AUGAAGGCGGCACCACUUCUCGUGGCCUGGCACACGGACACGGAUCCCAUCUACUCGGCCCACUUCGAACCUCAUGGCAAGGGAAGAUUGGCCACGGCGGGCGGGGACUUUCUUGUGAGGAUUUGGAACGUGGAGGCUAACGGCGAGGAGCGGACGGUGCAAUAUCUCUCCACCCUCAAAAAGCACACAGGCGCCGUCAAUGUCGUACGAUGGUGUCCCAAAGGCGAACUGCUGGCCACCGCGGGCGAUGACGGCAAUGUCCUCCUCUGGACUCCCUCCGACAACGCCGCAUAUGCCUCCAACUUCGGCGACGAGGGGGUGGAAGAUGUGGAGCACUGGCGCGUCAAGACCAUGUGUCGCUCCACCAGUGGCUCCGAAAUAUACGACCUGGCCUGGUCGCCGGAUGGAAUGUUCUUCAUCACCGGAAGCAUGGACAAUGUCGCCCGCAUCUACAAUGCCGCCACGGGUCAGACGGUCCGUCAAAUCGCCGAGCACAACCACUACGUGCAAGGAGUCGCAUGGGACCCACUGAAUGAAUAUGUGGCCACCCAAUCCUCCGAUCGAUCUGUCCACAUCUACGCCCUMAAGUCCAAAGAUGGCCAAUUCUCCCUCACCCAGACCAACAAAAUGGCCAAGAUGGACCUGCCGGCGAGAAGAAUCUCCUCCAACAGUCCCGCUCCCCCCGAUUUCGGCGGCAACCAUCGUGCCGCCUUUGUACACGAUGCUGCUGCCGUCGCUGUCGCCUCCCCCAAAAUGUCCGCUCCCGGCACCCCACAAUCCUUGGMCUUACCCAUGGACCCUCCUCCCACCUCCCACAGCCGCCGCUCAUCCUUUGGCUCCCAGGCGGUGAGGAGAUCCGUCUCCCCUACUCCUUCCAUGCCACUUCCCGCCGUCAUGCCUUCGGCAUCUCCCAGUCUCUCCGGCAUGGGAAUGGGUGCACGCAACAGCAACCUCUACGCCAACGAAACUUUCACCUCCUUCUUCCGUCGUCUCACCUUUGCUCCCGAUGGGAGCCUGCUCUUCACUCCAGCCGGGCAGUUCAAAACAACACAUGCAUCGGCUGAUGGUGGCAAGUCGACGGAUGAAAUCAUCAACACCGUCUACAUCUACACCCGAGCGGGUCUGAACAAACCUCCCGUCGCCUAUCUCCCCGGACAUAGGAAGCCUUCAAUAGCAGUCAAGUGCUCACCCAUCUACUACAAUCUCCGUCAGGCAUCCACCGAAACGAAGGAAAUUACCAUCGCCUCCGGUGCGGAGGGCAUACCAGGACUGGGCGAGCCGGCACUCCCCACCAAAGCUCCCACUUCCAAAUCCGCCAUGGAUCCACCUCCUCUCACAAGUGCUCCGUCUCCUUCCCCAAGCAAUGCCACCAUGGCCUCGCCCGGUCCGAAAGGCGAGGCGGAUCCCACGUCCGACCUUCCUGCAGGACCCGUGCCAGCGUUUGGUCUUCCCUAUCGCAUUGUCUAUGCCGUCGCCACACAAGAUGCUGUCCACUUGUAUGAUACCCAACAACAGAAACCACUGUGUGUGGUGAGCAACUUGCACUACGCCACUUUUACAGAUCUCACUUGGUCCAGCGAUGGUCUCACCCUGUUGAUGACCUCCUCGGAUGGUUAUUGUUCCGCACUCACCUUCUCUCCCGGCGAGCUGGGGACAGUACAUCACCCCACAGCAGCAAGUAUCAGCGCGAGGAAUACUCCCGCACCAAUCUCCGUAGGACGAGCGAAUUCCGCGACGAGUACACCCGUUCCCACACCAACGGCAGGUGUCACACCUGCUGUAACACGCCAACCUUCGGCAAAUGUCGUCCCGACACCAACACCAGCAGCAAAUGCCUCCCCAAGUCCAUUCAACUCAUUCGUCAGCACCUCUGCGGGUGGUAUCGGCGGCUACAACGGAUAUGGAGAAAGAAGACCGGCAUCACCAGCGAGAAGCAUGUCCGCAUCAUCCAUUGCCACCGAAGCCAGCUUUGCCCGGGUACCCGACCAGAAUCCCGCAUCUGUCAUGAACAAUCCCACACCAUCCAUGGGUUCGGUGCCGAGUCUAGCAGCAGCGGGAAGUGGCAGUGCCAGUGCGGGAGGAAUGCCUUUAUUCACCCCACCGCAGACGCCCGGCGCUGGAUAUGGCCAUGUUGGUGGAGGAGGGACGACUCCUGGUGGUGGGCAGCAGCAGGCACAGGUUGGCGUGAAGAGGGAGGUUGAGCUUUCCGUGGAGGAGCCUGGGGCGGGCAAGAAGAGGAGAAUCGCUCCUACUCCAGUGAUGGACUCGGAAGGCAUGGAUGUUUCCAACCCGAAAAGGGAAGAGGGACGGGGUGGAGCUUAA